UGGAUGUUCAACGAGGAAGUAAAGAAAAAAUGAAGAAUCAUAGUACGACGUUUAGGUUGAUGCUCGUUUGCCUUUUUCUUUGCUCUGAAAUUCACGCAGAGGAUCGAUUUCGAAGGAUUCGUCGUAAAAUCGACGAGGAUCGUUAUUGUAAUUUCGACGAAGCUCGACGCAAUUAUAAUGCCACGGAUUUAUUAAGGUGUUUCGAUGAAUUGGCUGUCGAUCUCGUCGAUCGAGAAAGUGGCGUGCUAAAAGUAUCCAAUGGAAAAGGUCAAUUGAAUGGAUUCACUGGCAGGCAGAUCUCCUUUAUGGAUGUUUUCUCGAGUGUUUUCAAUAACGCUGCGACGUCGCAUCAGAGCAGCUCCCUUCCGGUGUACCCGAUUUCCGACUAUCAGCAAUCGAAUUAUCCGAGUGAAACGGUCGGUCUUUCUCCUGGAUUUCAACUGAAUCUGCUAGAUACGCUGUCCACGAUAUCCAGCCACGAUGACUACAAGUGUGUGCCCAGGAUACUCUGCGAGAUGGCCAGCGGAAAACUUCCUGGAAGAUCGUUAGGCAAACAGGGCUCCAGCUUCCUCGAGUUGAUCGGUCGAAAUGUUUUCACGGACUGGCUAACGAAAAUCGAUGUCGCUGGAAUGUCUCCAUUGCUGAACUUUGGCAGAGCGAUGAUUCUUGGGUAUAGCAAUCGAGGAAAUUCCGUGGCCUGCUACGAAGCGUUCCCAAAAUGUCCAAGAGACGCGAAUGGAUUGAUUUACUAUCUGAAUAACUAUAAUGGAGGGUUUUUCAAUCUUUUCAACAGGAUUCGGGGUGGAAAAUAUAGGACGUCUAACGGAGGUCCUGGUCAGCCAGUUAAUGAUUAUUCGAAGAUUGAAGUGAGGGAAAGAAUAGUCGCUGGAAGCUCGACGAAACAGAUUCGGAACGAACCAGUGCGAAAUACGGUUCAAUUCCCAUCUAUAAAAUACCAAGAAUAUUACGCAAACAGAGAGUAUCCAAGAUUUGAUACGAUAAGAAAUUACAAUGCGAUUACUUUUCCUGAUCAAAGGGAAUUAAGCAUCGAACAAACGAAUAGUUUACAGGAUGAUGUUCCAAAAUCGGAACCGUACGUUUGGCAAAGAGACAACGUUGCAUUUUUUCCCAAAGGAAACGAAGACAGAAGAAUCUCUCAAUUUCGAUUCCCCUCGAGUUUUACAAUCGCAACGUCGUAAUCCCAAAUCGUAACAUCGAAAUACGUAACUAAAUACCUCGGUGAAUCCAAUGCAUAUAAUUAAAUAAAGGUUUCCAUAAAACGCAUAAAACCAUAGAAUAUUCUAAACUCCUUAACUCAUCUUCGGGGGAUUACGACCGCGAUAAAAUAUCGAAAUUCAAUUUUGCAUCGCAUAAACCAGGCGCCUUCCGUCGUGCGUUGCGAAUUUGCGGAUUAUCAGCGGCGAGAGAACCGCUGCAAAGACGCGAUACAGGUUUCCGCGAGGCAACGUCGUUUAUUUCGUCAGCGUUGCUCCCAUCGGCAAUUUUCUAUCCACCUGUACGCGAUGCGCUCAUAACAGGAAGUCCCGAGUCGCCGGUGAACGCGAUGUUACUGGCGCGGACGCCAUUUGUGGAAACAGCAUGGGGCGCCGUUAGAGUACCGACAACUUGUCCAAUGAAUCUGCGCCCGAGUAUGAGCCGCUUUAUGUCUCAGUUACGCGGCACGAUAAAUUCUAUUUUAUCUCGAUUCGAUUUCCUGCUUGCUACCGGUGCAUUUGUAUGCGUGCUCGCAGGUGUGAGACUUUUUCAGGGGCAACGAAGGACGAUGAAAGAAAUCACGCUGAAUCUAGAGUAACAUAUAAGUAAUAUAAACGGAAGAUGAGUUAAUAGAAUUAUAUAUAUAUAUAUAGGUAGAAGGAAGAUGCUAUAGUAAUAUUUAAUUACUUUUGGGGUAAAUUAUUAAUUGGACGUGACGUUGGAAUUUAUUAAACUCGUCUGUUUAAGAUAGUAUUACGAAGAAGUUAAUUACGAAUGAAUGGAAUUUGAAGAAAAGCGAAUGCAUGAGAAUUUGACCAUAGUAAUAUUGACAAUAGUAAUUAAUUGUAGCAAAUUGAGUUAGAAUAAUUUGACGCGGCUAUGGAAUCAGAAUAUCGAGUAAUAAAUGAAUUACCAUUAAUUGGUAAUGGUGGCAAAUGAUAUUAUAUCAUCGAUAACUGUUACAGGCAUUGCUGUUUCUAAAAACAUGCCUUUAAAGUAAUUAAUUAUUACUCUUACCUAAAAUAAAAAGAAAAAUUAAAUAUUCACUUCGAGUUAAGUAUAUUUCAUCUGAAAUAUUUUUAAGUGGAUUCGUUUUUGCUAUUUUCGUUUUAUAUGAAUGUCAACUUAUAAUAUCAACUUUCAAAUAAAUCUUAAUAAUAAAACUUAAUAAAUAAAACUUUCAAAUAAUAUCAACUUAUAAUGUCAACUUUCUAAGUAAUAAUAAACACGAACGAGCCUAUUAUCGUGAUAUUUCGAGGGAGGAGCUGCGAACGAUGGCGAAUAUGUUCACAGACACGCGAAUGGUCCCGCUAUAGUCUACUUCCACGUUAAAUCCAUGUUUUCGAGAAGUCAUACUUUCACGCGUAUCUUUCAUUGCGAUUAUUUCGCGAGAGAAGCGAUCAUUUUCACGGUGCAGAUAGGAGACAGGUAACAAUCAAUAACGACGGUACGUAUUUAUCGUAGCUUACGCGCGAGUAAGAAUUAAAUUAUGCAAAACCUCGUAAUAAUGCGUUAUAGUCAACCCUUUGCUUCGCUAACCAACAUAAGGGGUUACUAGCGUUAUCGUACGCUCGUUAAAAUCGCACAUCUCUCGCUAAAAACUAUCCUUCAUCCAUCUAAAUGGCACUUUCGCGUUUACCGUAAUUAUAUCUCUCUGUUCCCUUACUUAUGUCCACCAUCGUUUCUAUCGUACAUUAUAUGUAGAAGUUCUGAUAAAUUGUACAACGAAACCACUCUCUCUCUCUCUCUCUG